GGUCAAACAACGGUCCUUGACAGACCACAAAAUUAAAUAAAUUCUUCUAGAGGACAGUCCACCUACUAAUAAUUUCUACAGAGAUUAUAACGGGGAAAAAGACAAUAUGAGAAAAUACAUGGGAUUAUUUGGAGUUUUUCUCUUUUUCAUAGAAAUCGUUAGUGUUUACAGCAAUGGAAGUAGGACUUGUUAUCCCCGACUAGGCUGUUUUAGUAUCCAGUCACCUUUUAACAACACAGGGAUGUUCCCCCAAGACCCGGGGUUUAUCGGCACAGUAUUUAAACUGUACACCAGCCAGAAUCCAGUUCAACCACUCACACUAACAACUGACGACCUGACUGGAUUUAACCCACAUGAAGAGACGAAGUUCAUCAUCCAUGGCUUCAUGCAGGAUUGGAACGUGGAUUGGUUACAUCGAGCAGCCGGAGCAUUCUUAACAAAGUCACCUGUGAAUGUAAUAGUGGUAGGAUGGGGACAAGGUGCUGGAUUCCCCUACCGACAGGCAGCAUCUAAUACCAGGGUUGUCGGGGCCGAGGUGGCCCUGAUGGUAAACACCCUAAUCAAUAUGACAUAUACCUCACCACGUAAAAUACAUUUAAUAGGGCACAGUUUAGGGGCACAUGUAGCAGGGUAUGCUGGAGACGCCAUUGUUGGUUUAGGUAGAAUUACAGGUCUGGAUCCUGCUAAACCCAGUUUUGAAGGGACAGAUAUUUUAGUUAGAUUGGAUAAAUCUGAUGCUAGAUAUGUUGACGUCAUUCAUACUGAUGGUUCUCAAUAUAAUACAUUUAGUGGUUAUGGUAUGCUAACACCGGUUGGUCAUAUUGAUUUCUAUCCUAAUGGUGGAACACAUCAACCUGGUUGUGGUGGAGAAACCUACGAAGAUCUUAUGUCCAGUGUUUUCAAUCGUGGAUUUGACAGUGCUGAGAAAUCUUUGGGCUGUAGCCAUGAUCGUGCCUUUAAUCUGUUUAUAGAAUCAAUAACAACGGAGUGUCCCUUUAAAGCCUACCCGUGUACGUCAAUGACUGAGUUUGAAGGUGGUCGAUGUACUAGUUGUGGAAACCGGCUUUGUCCUUCCAUGGGACUUAACUCCGAUGGAUACAAAUCAGAGGGGACAUUUUAUCUAAAAACAUCGGACAGAUCACCUUACUGUGGCUACCAUUAUUACAUCGAAUUAAAAUUGACCAACACGUCAUACAGUGAUGCAGGGGAGAUAACCGUUAGACUGAUUGGAUCUCAAGGUGCAACACAGCCGGUAACUUUUAACACUGAAUCAACACCAGCAGACCACACGUUUAGAGAAAUGAUUGUCUCCAGUGCCCAUAUAGGUCAAAUACAGAAACUGUCCUUGACCUUUGAUCGCGCAAGCUACUCAUUCUGGGGUUAUAGGUCAAGCAUAACUGUGAAACAAGCCAUCGCACACUCUCUUAAAAACGAUAGACGGGUCUAUUUUUGUCAGCCCAAGUGGAUAAGAAGUGGAAGUUAUGCGAAGCUCCAAAAUGGAAGUAGACAACAUUGCACAUAGUAAAGAUGAAUUCUAUAGAACGUAUAAAGAUGGAAAUUGGUUUAAAAUGUCUGUAAAAAUAAAUUUCUCUGUUUUA